GUUGAGUGAACACGCGACGCGCAUUGCUCUGGGCUGAAUUUUUAUUGAAAGUGCGCUAAGUUUCGUUUCGUGGCAGAUCGUCAACGCGCAGCCUGACACUGACGUCACGUGGCACGACAAGUGCAAAUGACUGCAGCAAUUAGAGGGUAAAGAGUGUGUGUGUGCGCUUGUGUCUCUCUGUGUGUCUAUGUGUGUGUGUGUCUAACUGUGUGCAAAGUGAAACAAAAGCGAAUUGCAAAAAAAGCCAACAGCGAAUUAUAAAAACAAACAAAACAUGCAUCGAUGCUGCUGCAGUUGGACACUGACGCUGGCGCUGCUCAUGGCGGCAGCAAUGCUGUUAGUGCUGGUUAGAUCGGAGGACUGCGGCCAGGAGGAGUUCACAAAGUGCGCCGAGCCACUUGAAAUGCUGCAUUUAACGUCGGAAUUUUCGAUUGGCGCUGCCAAGAAGGACGAAUUGGAUAAACUUUGUCAUGAGUUGCGCAAGGGCGUGCGUUGCAUUCAAAGCUACACCAGACGCUGCAUGGAUCUGCAGCAGCGCAAUCAGUUCAACAAGCUAUAUCAUGGCACCAAUCAGUUUAUACGCGAUCUAUGCAACAAGGGCGAGUUCCAGGAGGAAUAUCUGAAGCAUGCGCCCUGCUCGGAAAUGGCUAAAAAGGAUUUUGAAGUAUGCGCCAAUCGCUAUAAGGAGACUAUGGUGUUCUUAAAGCCGCACAAGAAUCAAGAGAACCAAGAGAAUGGCACACUCAAUGAGAAUAUUAAAACAAUUUGCUGUUCCAUUAAUGAGCUAGUGGAUUGCUCUGAAAAUGCAGCGCGCAAAAUUUGCGGCGUUGAGGCGGCCAAGUUUACACGCGAGCUGGUGGAUAAAUAUGCCAAUAGUUUGACCAAGAUCUAUUGUGAAGACUUGUCGCGACAUCCAUCAAUUUGUCGCGAUGGUGCAGGCGAUGGCGCCAGCGUUUUGCAGCUCAAUAGUUUGGGUCUAGUUGCAACUGCAGCGCUGCUACUGCUGGCCAGAUAGAUGCUGCAAACAACAGUUAAGUUCGUUUCAACACACACACACACACACACCCACACAGCAACACAACAAAACAAUAGUUAAGGUUUCUAGCAAAAAUGGAAAACACACAAUUCUCAAGCAAUGAUUUGUUUUUAGGAAUUGUUAUUUGUUGCAUAUAUUAUGCUAACUUGGUCUAGUGUUGCCAAGUCCACUGGAAAAGCGUGAAGUAUAGUCUUACUCAUAGAGCCUAAAGUUUAAGCGUGUCAUAUAUAAAGCGUAAUUUAGUCAAUUUAAGUACUAUAUAAUAUAUAUACUUACUAUAUAUGUUAAUCGCAUAUAAUUAGUUUUAGGCGUAUGUUGAAUGUUUAUGUUACCUGUAGCAUAGCAAAUGUUGUUGGCACUUUAAGAAGAAACACAAACACACAAAAAUAAAUUAAUUCAUAUUUAUAACGAAAAUAUUUAUAGCUUGCAAAGUGC